AUCCCAUAAACAGGUCAUAGACUUUGCAUCUUUACUUUGCUAUUUCUCAGUUCAGCAAUCAAAAAUCCUGUUUACAUCUGGGAUUGUUGAUCUAAGAGGAAGCAAUUGAAAGCAAUUAUUUAGAUAACAAAAUGACUGAGGGGCAGGGAAUUCAGAUUCCAAGAGUUGAAAUUGGAACCCAAGGUUUUGAGGUAUCAAAGUUGGGGUUUGGAUGCAUGGGGCUGAGCUGGAUCAACUCCCCUGAGGCUGAAAAGGAAGGAAUCUCACUAAUAAAAGAUGCCUUCAGUAAAGGGAUCACCUUCUUUGACACAUCUGAUAUAUAUGGAACUGAUCAUUACAGUGAAAUUCUUGUUGGCAAGGCCUUGAAGCAGUUGCCAAGAGAAAAAGUUCAGAUAGCCACAAAGUUUGGUGUUGUAAGCUUGGGACCGCCUCGUCUGGUAGUAAGGGGUGACCCUCAGUAUGUCAGGGUAUGCUGUGAGUCUAGCUUGAAGCGUCUUGGCGUCGACUACAUCGAUCUCUACUAUCAGCACCGGGUGGAUCAAUCGGUGCCUAUAGAGGAUACUAUGGGUGAGCUGAAGAAACUGGUGGAAGAAGGAAAGAUAAAGUACAUAGGAUUAUCUGAAGCAAGCCCAGACACAAUAAGGAGGGCACAUGCAGUUCAUCCCAUCACAGCUAUACAAAUGGAGUGGUCUCUUUGGACUCGUGAUAUUGAGGAAGAGAUUGUUCCACUUUGCAGGGAGCGUGGGAUUGGAAUUGUUCCAUAUAGUCCUCUUGGCCGUGGUUUUUUUGCUGGCAAAGCAGUUUUGGAAAAUUUGGACUCUAAAGUUCAUGCGGCCGCACAUCCUCGGAUGACGGGAGAGAACUUGGAGAAGAACAAACACAUUUACCAUAGAGUAGAAAGCCUUGCUAAGAAACAUGAAUGCUCCCCUGCUCAACUAGCCCUCUCAUGGGUUCUCCACAGAGGAAAUGAUGUUGUUCCUAUCCCUGGGACAACAAAAAUUAAAAACCUGGAUACAAACAUUGGCUCCGUAGCGCUGAAACUCAGGGAAGAGGACCUGAAAGAAAUUUCUGAUGCUGUUCCUCUCGACCAAGUAGCUGGUGAGAAAACUUACGAACACGCAAGUCAUGUGCAAUGGAAAUUUGCCAACACUCCUCAAAGGAAUCCAAAUUAGUCUGACUGAUCAAUCGAGCUUACAAGGACUAAUUGCCUGCUACAGUAUUAAUUAAUUUUGUAAUACUCAGGCAGCAAAUGAAAUGUAACUUGAUCCGUAAUUGGUUUAAGUUUUCCAAGUCUUGAAUUUGAAACAAAUAAACUCACAGCAGCAAAUUCAAGUUUGUCACCCACUUAGAAGCAUUGUUUGGAUGAUAUAGUAUUAAUUAAUUUUGUAA